AUGGAAGAACAGAAUCACAAUUCUGGUAAAAUUACUUUCAAAGUGAAGCAUUUGGAUGAAUAUCAUGAUAUACUCAUUGAUCCAAAUGAUGAAAGAUAUGCAUACAAAGACCAACACCAACAAAUAUUUGAACAGCUGGAAUCAAUAACUGGAGUACCAAGUAGAUAUACAACUAGCUUUAAUAUACCUAGAAACAUGAACCCUUCCGACGUUAAUAAUAUCGAACGCUUCGCUCAUGAUUUACGCAUGGAAUACACGGAAUACAUGGAUGACGAUAUAUUCAGUGUAAAUAUUCGUGAUGGUGAGCGCUUUCAUCUCAAAUAUCGUGUUGGUUAUGUGUAUAGUAUUUCCAAGCGUAUAAGUAUGUGUUAUUGCCUGGCAGAAGAAAGAGACGUUCCUGAAGAAGGCUGUGGUCUAGAUGUAUGUCAAUUCACACGCACUGAGAGUUACUUCAAAAGGUUGAAAGAUCUCGUUAGUAAUGAUGAAUUGAAUGCAAAAAUUACUCAGCUUGUCCAACCACUAUUUGAAAUUGCAUCAGAUGAAACACUUACGGAAGCUUGGAAGAUUUUAAAAGAGUUCAAUGUUUUACAAAAUUUCUAUCCAGCUUGUUAUUUGGAUUGCAGAUGGAGACUUGCAGAGACUGGUGAUGCCCGGCAAAUUGGUCUUUAUCUAAGAACUCGAGGUUAAACCUUUAGAGUAUCUGCCCGUGGUGAAUGAACUUGGUUUAAAUUUUACUCAAUAAACUGAGUUGAGAGUUUAAAUUUACCAUUCCUCAAAAAUAUUCAUUAAAGUUGGAUAAAUUCGAACGUUCACAACUUUCGCAAUUCGCAACUCGGUAUUCACUCAUUGAGGAACUGAAUACUACUUGGUUGGAUUCGAUUCCUUUUAAUGUUCAAACAAAAUCGAACAAAAGCUAAAAUAAGAAAAUAAACAUUUUGUGCAGAUCUUUUUCAGGAAUAUUAGGUGUUAAAAAGUAAUGUUUGCAUUAGCUU